AUGACUGAAUUGCAGAAGGCUAGAGACUUGGUACGGGAGAAGAAGUAUGCGGAUGCCGAGAAGGUCUAUUUGGAACUAUUGAGAGGCGCGGAAAACGAAACUAAAGAGGCUUCUACGAAGAGUAAGAAUGAGCAGGAGGUCUGUUUGUUGGAGUUAGGAGAUCUAUACGUUGUGACAAAUGAUAAGGCCAAGUUACGCGAUUUUAUUCCUCAAUCCACUGAGUAUAUGAUGCAAUUUGCAAAAUCCAAGACUGCGAAAGUGCUCAAGGCUCUGAUCGAAGACUUCGAAAAGGUGCCAGAUUCAUAUGAUGACCAGAUAUAUGUAUGUCAAAAGAGCAUUGAGUUUGCUAAGAAAGAGAAAAGGGUUUUUUUGCAACAUUCGUUGUCGAUUAAACUGGCUACCCUAUACUACUUGAAGAAGCAGUACAAGGAUUCGUUAGACCUCAAUAAGGAACUUUUGAGGGAGUUUAAGAAAUUGGAUGAUAAACCUUCGUUAGUCGAUAUCCAUCUGCUUGAGAGUAAAGUGUAUCAUAAAUUGAGAAACCUGGCCAAGGCCAAAGCCUCGUUGACCGCUGCAAGAACCGCAGCCAAUUCGAUUUACUGUUCUACGGCCACUAUUGCAGAAUUGGAUCUGAUGAGUGGUAUAUUACAUUGUGAGGAUAAAGAUUACAAGACGGCGUUUUCGUAUUUCUACGAAAGUUUUGAGAAUUUCCACAACUUGUCGACUCAUAAUUCAUACGAAAAGGCAUGUCUUGUAUUGAAAUAUAUGCUUUUGUCAAAGAUCAUGUUGAACUUGAUUGAUGAAGUGAAGACCAUACUGAAUGCUAAAUACACAAAGGAAACUUACCAAUCUCGCGGUAUCGAAGCGAUGAAGCAAGUCGCAAAAGCUUACAACAGCAGAUCUUUAUUAGACUUCAAUGCGGCAAUGAGGCAGUAUAAGGAGGAAAUUAUGGGUGAUGAAUUAAUAAGAUCGCAUUUCAAUGCACUUUACGACACUUUGCUUGAGUCGAACUUGUGCAAGAUCAUUGAACCUUUCGAGUGUGUUGAGAUCUCACACAUUUCUAAAAUGAUUGGUUUGGACCUUCAACAGAUCGAAGGUAAGCUUUCUCAAAUGAUUCUUGAUAAAGUGUUUUUCGGUGUCCUUGAUCAAGGGAAUGGCUGGCUAUACAUUUACGAAACACCGCAUCAGGAUGCCACUUAUGACUGUGCGUUAGAACUUAUCGGCGAAUUGGACAAUGUUGUCGACCAACUUUACGAGAAAGCUAGUGCUUUAUACUAA